AUGCCGGGCGGGACGGGCCCCUGCGGUCGCGGUGCGGCGGGGCAGCGGGCGGGCGGCGAUCCCCCGGCCGCCCCCUCAGCGCCCGGUUCGCCCGCAGCGGCCGCCACGGCUCCCGGUAAGAAGAUCACGGCGCGGCUGAAGCGGACGCUGCCGGUGCGGGGCCCGCAGGCGCCCACGCUGAGCGAGCUGAUGCGCUGGUACUGCCUCAACACCAACACGCACGGCUGCCGCCGCAUCGUGGUGUCCCGCGGCCGCCUGCGCCGUCUGCUCUGGAUCCUGCUGACCCUCAGCGCCGUGGGGCUCAUCCUCUGGCAGUGCGCCGAGCUCCUCAUGAACUACUACAGCGCCUCGGUGUCCGUCACCGUCCAGUUCCAGAAGCUGCCGUUCCCCGCCGUCACCAUCUGCAACAUCAACCCCUACAAGUACAGUGCUAUGAAAGAAUAUUUAUCUGAGUUGGACAAAGAGACAAAAAAGGCUUUGGAAACUUUCUAUGGAUUUUCGGAGGGCAAGUCCAAGGUGCGCCGGUCGGUGGAUGACUGGAACAGCACAGGGAGCGACUUCUUCCAACAGAUCCCCCUGCUGAAGGUCGAGGACUUCUCCAGGACAGCGACUGAGCUGCACAGUGGGCAGAAGAGGAGAGUGGAGGGAAGUGUCUUUCACAAGGAUUCGUCCAUCGUGAACUCUGGCGAUUCCAAUGACAUCAUUGGCUUUCAGCUGUGUGACGCGAACAACAGCAGUGAUUGUGCCCUGUACACAUUCAGCUCGGGUGUUAAUGCCAUCCAGGAGUGGUACAAGCUGCAUUACAUGAACAUCAUGGCACAAAUUCCCCUGGAGACUAAAGAAAAAUUGAGUUAUUCUGCUGAUGACCUUAUACUGACAUGUUUCUUUGAUGGCCUAUCUUGUGACAAAAGGCACUUCACCCGAUUCCAUCACCCUCUCCACGGCAACUGCUACACCUUCAACAGCGGCGAGAACGGGACCAUCCUGAGCACCUCCACGGGUGGCAGCGAGUAUGGAUUACACGUUGUUCUGUACAUCGAUGAAGCAGACUACAACCCCUUCCUGGUGACAUCCACAGGAGCCAAGAUCAUCGUCCACGACCAAAACGAGUAUCCCUUCAUUGAAGACAUUGGCACGGAAAUUGAGACUGCAGCGGCCACCUCCAUAGGGAUGCACUUUACUCGGUCUCGCAAGCUGAGCAAACCCUACAGUGACUGCACAGAGACAGGAGCUGACAUACCUGUGGAAAAUCUCUACAACAAGAGCUACUCACUCCAGAUCUGCCUGCACUCCUGCUUCCAGAAGGCCAUGGUGGAGUCCUGUGGCUGUGCCCAGUACGCUCAGCCCUUACCUCCUGGGGCCGAGUACUGCAACUACAAGAAGAACCCAAACUGGAUGUACUGCUACUACAGACUGCAUGAAAAGUUUGUGAAGGAGCAGCUGGGCUGCCAGCAGAUCUGCAAAGACGCCUGCAGCUUCAAGGAGUGGGCACUCACCACCAGCAUUGCUCAGUGGCCAUCCAUCGUGUCAGAGGACUGGAUGCUCCGAGUUCUCUCUUGGGACAAAGGGCAGAAACUCAACAAGAAGCUGAACAAGACAGACCUUGCCAACCUGAUGGUGUUUUACAAGGACCUGAACGAGAGAUUCAUUUCUGAGAAUCCUGCCAACACGCUCGUCAUUCUGCUGUCCAACUUCGGGGGCCAGCUGGGGCUGUGGAUGAGCUGCUCCGUGGUGUGUGUCAUUGAGAUCGUGGAGGUGUUCCUCAUCGACUCGCUGUCCAUCGUCCUGCGGCGCCAGUGGCAGAAGGCCAAGAAGUGGUGGAGCCACCGCCAGAGGAGCAGAGCGGGGAAAGCACCGCAGGGCAGCGACCCGGAGAGGCAGGGCCACGACAACCCCACCCCCGUGAGCAUCGACGAGGACCUGCCCACCUUCACCACCGCCCUGCGGCUGCCGCUGCCCCAGGACAGCCCCCUGCCCAGGACUCCCCCUCCCAAUUACAGCACCCUGCGCCUGGACACCGCCUUCACCGAGCAGCUGCCUGACACGCUGGAGAUGGGCCAGCACUGACACUUGGCACCCACCUGCCCCCUGCCCACAGAGGUGGGCGCUGGAACCACGCAGGGUGAAAGGCACAGACCCAGACAAGCACUGAAGGGCUGUCAGGUCACACCCUCACUCAGGGAUUGAACCGGCAGUCAAAGCUGCCCUGAGCAGAGCUCAGACACGAAGCCAAGGGCUCAGAGACAUUAGGAGCUUCAAGCAACAUCAGUGCUGGAGUUAAUGAUGGCAGGAGAUGGCUGGAGCAGGAUGUGGUGCUAAGCUGGGAUGUCUCACCAGGCAAA